GGAAAAUUCAAUUCGCAAAACUGCUCAAAAAAUUAUUUGGAAUUUAAGAAUCAAGAAAUAAAGAAUAUCAACUAAUAAACAGAAGUUUUGAUUUUUGGGACGCAACUUGGAAAGUAUUGACUAUGCAGGAAUAAUCAUGGCGUGGGUGCCGACAACCGACUUCGAGGAUGAUUUGGUCAGCAUGCAGCUGGACUUAAAUUUGUUGCACAGUCAGCUUGCAUUCGAGGAAAAUCGUAAAACGGAAUACGCACCACGCCCACAGUCUACAUAUGACUAUUUAGAGAGGCGAGCAAAGCGGAAUGAAGAACUUGAGAACACACAAGGUCCACUAUGCAAAAAGUCGAAGGAGAUCCGAUCAAGCUUGGCCAUGAUGGAGCGAUUACAGCAGAUUGCGGGCACAAAGCCACUGGGCGAACAUGCUACCAUGGCCGAUUGGGAAGACAGAAGCACUGUUGAGAAAGAGGCACGUUCCAUGAUACGUCAUUUCGGCUUGAUGUCUAUGGCCGGUGUUCGCUUAACACGGCCUCCAGAGAGCAACAGUAGCUCGGAAAGCAAGAAAAUUCAUUACAUGCGUAAUGGGAUUCCUCUUAUUCUGGACCCUAAGUUCUUUGAGCCGGGCAAGAAACGUGUUGUUCGAAGUUCAGAGAACAGCAGCAUCAAACAAAAUUCAUUGGACUCCGACGAAACUGGAAGCAGUAACAGUUUAUACGCUUCUGCCAAGACUCAUUUGGAUGAGAGUCAAGAUGGAGAGGAAAUACCCUAUGAAUUAUUGCAAGAAAGUUUAGCUGAAAACCAAUCCCAACUCAACAAAACGUAAGCAAGGCAAAACGUAUUAAACCGGGCGUCAUACUAAUCUAUUACAUAUAAAUGUACUGUCAGUCCAAAUGGAGGUUUCUUCAAUUUACCUGUUGCCAAAAGAUCACAGAAUGUUACAGAUCAGAAUGAUAAAGACUGUAAUUUAAAUUUAGUCGUAAUAAAAAACAAAUCCACAUAUACUAAAGUAUAUGAAGCUAAUAUAAGUUGGAGUCAAAUAUUUAUAUAA